UGCCUUUCAGAAAAUCUAGAUGGCGCAGCGUUUCCAGCUCUCGUUGUGGCGGUAGGCUUGGUGCUCUGCCGCUUCUGCCUGCUCUGGUGGCUGUGCGAAGUGAAUGUGUUCGGUAAUGUUUCUCACGACGUGACUGUGACGUUCCUAGUGAAUUGUUUUCGUUAGUACGUGUGCUCCAAUUUGGACUGUGGGAACCGAUGCCGAGAUGGAGACGCACGACGGCGCACAAACCACCACUGAGCAGGUGACGGGCGGCCCCUCCGAAGACGCCGGACUAGACACCAAGUGUGUAUUCUGUAAGCAGGACGUUUCGGAAACGAGUGAGCCACAACUACUGCCAUGCCUCCACACCGCCUGCAAGCUAUGCAUCCCUACAGAUCCCACCGUCCGGUGCGCAGAGUGCCAGCAGGAGAUCUCCAGUCAGGACGUGAUCAGUCACCUGUUCCUGAUGGAACACCUGGCUAGCAACAGCGAAGCCAAGACGGGUGAGGCGACCCGGACACACACGUGCACAAGCUGUGAGGACAGCGCGACUGCCUCUGGCUUCUGUGUCGACUGCCAGGACUGGCUGUGCCAGGCCUGCAUUGACGCCCAUCAGCGCGUGCGUGUCACCAAGGACCACAGCAUCCGCGCUAAGGAUGAACUUGAGGGAGACAAGCCUGCUGCGCUCGGUCAGAAGUACAUGUUCUGCGAGAACCACAAGCAGGAGCAACUAAAGCUGUACUGUGAGACCUGUGACAAGCUGACAUGCCGUGACUGCCAGCUCCAGGAGCACAAAGAUCACAAAUAUCAGUUCAUUUCAUCAGCAUGUGAGCAACAAAAGACCAACCUUAACAGCUUGCUAGCCAAGAUCCAUGAGAAGCAGUCAUACAUUGAGGGUGCCCGCAACCUGGUGAGCAAACGGCACCAUGAGAUCACCCAGCAAGAGCAGAAGGUUACCAGCGACAUCAAAAUGUUCGCGGUCAGGUUCAUCACUGAAAUAAACAAGCGAGGAAAGCUGCUGCUCCAGGAGCUCAAUGACAUCUGCAACAAGAAGAAGAUGCAGCUUUCAUCCAAGAAUGAGGAGCUGAUGGCUCUCUCGCUGAAACUGGCACAGUGCCACAAGUUUGCAGAGGCCGCGAUUAACCGUGGAAGCGAUGUGGCACUUGUUUUUAGCAAGAAAACCAUCUGCAAUCAGAUGCGGACGGUGCUGAAGACUCGCUGCGAGAUACCCAACCCACAACAUGUUGUGGACAUCAAGUUCCUAUAUGAGGCCGACUUCCUUACAAACUACAUUGGUGACCUGGGUUGCAUCCUCGUGGACCAACAGCCCAUCGUUGGCAACCCACCUUGGGCUGCCAAGCCACCACUUGUUACAGCCGCAGCCCUCAACCAGCACCGGUCUGGGCCCCCUCCCGAUGCAGUGUCCUCAGCACAACAGCAGCAGCAACAGCAGCAGCAACAUCAGCAACAGCAGCACCAGCAACAGCAGCCUGUCCCCCGGUACCCCGAAGGUUACCACCCUGCUUCAAUGCCGACUGGCCCAGGGCCUGGACUUUAUCACCAUUUGCCGUACUCACAGAUGUGGCCGGCUAUGUCAGAGCAGUUCUCUCUGCAGCAGCGGCAGGGGCCCAUGGGAUCAGUGCACGGCAUUCCACCCGGUGUGCGCCCACCGCCCUACCCAGGCACCAACCCAUAUGGGGUACCAGCGGGCUACCCGGGGGCUCCUCCACCGCAGCUGCGCCACCUGCUCAACCAGGGCCCCAUGAACCAGAAGGGGGGUGCCAGCAUGGCUGCCUUGAGCCAUAUGGCUCGCAUGGGGCCCUCAGCCGCAGGCGGAUCGUACACGCUGCAAAAAAGCCCCCAUCCUACGCCUCAACAUCCUGGUCAGACGAUGCACCCACAGCAGGGUGUGCGGCAACAACAUGGCAUGCCGUCACAUCAGGCACUCGCUGCCCAGCAGGCAGCACACAUGAGGCAGCAACAACUGCAGCGUAUGCAACAACAACACCACCAACAGCAGCAGCAGCAGCAUCAGCAGCAGCAGCAACAACAGCAGCAGCACCACCAGCAGCAACAACACCACCAGCAGCAACAGCAGCAACAACAACAACAGCAGCAGCAGCAGCAGCAGCAGCAGCAGCACCAGCAGCAGCAACAACAGCAGCAGCACCAGCAGCAGCAGCAACAGCAGCAGCAGCAGCAACACCACCUUUCCCAACAGAUGCCAACCACUGCCAGUGUUCCUAUCACGCUGAACUCAAGCAUUACCAUAUCACCAGUGACUGCGGAAAAGUCAAGACCAGCACCCACGAGUGGCCUACCUAGACCACCGCCACUGGCACCCGGUGUACAGAUAAUACCACAGCCAGCUCCUAAGGUCAUCAUGUUGGACUCGGCAGCUGCACGGGCAGCUGCGCUCCAGCAGCAGCAGAUACGCCGCGUGUCAGGUUCUCGGGACGGCACGCCACCCUCCACAAACCGUCUUCCCUCACACUUGGUCGCAAGCAGCACAAACUCGGGGUCUGGUUCACCACGCCUGCCUGAAACCAGUGUUCUCGAGCGCCUCCUCCUAGGAGCGGUUGGGGAUACUUCUGAUUUGUCUGGCAGGAACAGCGCCAUCACCAUCACGCCUGUGGCGGUGGGGCCUUCCUCCACCUCGUCGUCCUCCUCGUCACGCACAGCGUCCCCAUCAGUGUCCGUGGUGCGCAUCAAGGAGGAGCCCAAGUCACCUGGCGAGCAGCAGCUGCCCUCAUGCAGCGGUGACGCGGGUCUGUCAUCCAACACCCUCCGCAGCUCAGCAUCACCAGCCGAGACAGCCGCGGGGCUCGCAUCCAGGUCUCUGAAUGACUUCGCAAACCGGUCUAUAGGAAACCUACUUCAGUCUUCAGGCUCGAAGGACUCAAGUCAAGAGAAGGGUGCCCAGGGUGGCCAGCCCCAGGCCGACAGCAGCUGCAGCCCUUCCUCCAUAGCUGAGCCGGUCUGCAGCAGUUCCUCCCGCACUGCGCCCACGGUGUCUGCGUCCACGGCCAACUCUACCACAGUGGCAGCGGCAGGUUCCGGCAGUGUCCAGGACUGCUUCGAGGACCUCUCAACUCUGGAGGAGCUGCUCAAGAUCGGGGACAAGAGCUUCGAUCUGCCUGCGCAGGACGCCUCUUCUUCCUCUUCCUCGACCAUGGUUGUGGCCACCAGCAAUGGCCCAACUGCCUCCAAUGGGUCUUCGUCCUCUGCAGCACAGCCAGGCUCACCUUCCUCACGCUCACUUUCGCAGAACAGUGGGGGCAACACAGCCAACGGGUCUGGACUGAAGAUAGUAGAGACGCACAGCCUGCAGAGCACGGACCCAAAUGAGGACUGGUGCUCAGUGUGCCAUGACGGUGGCGAGCUGCUGUGUUGUGGCUCCUGCCCUCGUGUCUACCACCUACAGUGCCAUGUGCCCUCCUUGGGGGCCACACCCAGUGAGGACUGGACAUGCCUUCUGUGCCUCGACAUCCUCAAGUGUAACAUUCCUCGGGAGUCAGCGGGCUCCAAGCGCAAGACUCCCGUGGGACUCAGCGGAAGGGAGCUCCUGAUAUGCGAAAGGAUCCUGCUUCACCUCUUCUGCCACGAGUUGAGUGUACCGUUCCACAUUCCUGUUAGUCGAACGGUGCCCAACUAUUACAAGGUGAUUACUAAGCCCAUGGAUCUGACGACAAUAAAACAGAAGCUCUCACCGUCUCACUUCAAUCACUACGAGGAUGUUCCCGAGUUCCUUUCCGAUGUCAAGCUCAUCUUCAAGAACUGCUACACCUUCAAUCAUAAGGAGUCUCAGGUGUGUCAACAGGCACGAACCCUGGAGCGGGACUUUGACGCCCUGGUCCAGCAGUUUUUGCCCGAGCACUACGCCGACCUACGAGACGCCCAGCCUGACCCACAGCCGGGCUAUGAAUCGGACCCUGAGCGCCGCAAGAGGGCGCGCACAUCCUCCACAUCUUCAUCGCCUCCUGAGCAGACCGUGAUUCUCUCUUGAUAAUUGUACAGAAGCUGACAACAUGAAUAUUGCGAGGCUUCCAUGCAAGCUCCCCCACAAAGCCCCAGCCUCUCACUCUCCCACAAGACGUGGCACCUCGUCCUGCGACUGUUGCGCCUCCCACCUUUCGAAGACAAACGAACUGAACCUAUUUAUUGUUUCUUGUACCGGCACAGCAAGUCGAUCGGUGAAAAGACAACGAGCUGUUGUGCAUGUAUUAAGUUGUUCUUCCCUUGUGCAUUGUUUAUGUCUGGUGUGUGACGUCUCUGCAUUUCUCUUCAGGGUCUAGACUGAUAUACAUAUAUAUAUAUAUACAUACAUAAAUAUAAAGAAGAAAAAGUCUUGUUAAACCGAA